GCUCUGCUAUGCUGCCACUAAUCCGACAGCUCCCGCGUGCUGCAGACGUAGGGCAAGGCCUUGCAGGCUGCAGAAGAAACCCCAGAUUUACUGAAUUUUUUUUAAAGAACUAAAGUCAUCCUUCCUGUCCCUCGAGAUGAUAAACAGUUCACUGACCUGUCCGGUUUACAGAGAUCUGGAACCAUUCACAUAUUUUUUUUACUUACUUUUCCUUGCUGGGAUUAUUGGAAGCUGUUUUGCAGCCUGGGCUUUUAUACAGAGACCUCCGCACCACAGGUGUGUAAGUAUAUACCUAAUUAACCUGCUUAUGGCCGAUUUCCUGCUCACUCUGGCGUUACCCGUGAAAAUUACCGUUGACUUGGGGGUGGCACCAUGGAAGCUGAGGAUAUUCCACUGCCAAGUCACAGCAUGCCUUAUAUACAUCAAUAUGUACUUAUCGAUUAUAUUCUUAGCAUUUGUCAGCAUUGAUCGCUGUCUUCAGUUGACACACAGCUACAAGAUCUACCGAAUACAAGAGCCUGGAUUUGCCAAAAUGCUUUCAACUGUUGUGUGGCUAAUGGUCCUGCUUCUGAUGGUCCCAAACAUGGCGAUUCCCAUCAAAGACAUCAAGGAAAAGUCAAAUGUGGGCUGUAUGGAAUUUAAAAAUGAGUUUGGAAGAAACUGGCAUUUGCUGACAAAUUUCUUAUGUAUAGCAAUAUUUUUAAAUUUCUCAGCCAUCAUUUUAAUAUCCAACUGCCUUGUAAUUCGACAACUCUACAGAAACAAAGAUAAUGAAAACUAUCCAAAUGUGAAAAAAGCUCUCACCAACAUACUGUUAGUGACUACUGGCUACAUCAUUUGCUUUGUUCCUUACCACACUGUCCGAAUCCCAUACACCCUCAGCCAGACAGAAGUCAUAUCUGACUGCGCGACCAGGAUUUCUCUCUUCAAAGCCAAGGAGGCCACCCUGCUCCUGGCUGUGUCAAACCUAUGUUUAGACCCUAUUCUGUACUACCAUCUCUCAAAAGCAUUCCGCUUAAAGGUCACUGAGACUUUUGCCUCACCUAAGGAGACUACGGUUCAGAGAGAAAAGUCAAGGUAUGAAAAUGAGGCAUAAAGCACAGGACUUUUCGCGCUCGUUUCUUGCCUUACGGGAUCGCAAAGCUUCUUACGGUUUUGGAAGAGAAAUAAAGUCUUGAUGAUGCAAAGUACAGAAAGCCAGCAAAUAUGGACUGGUUUACACAGAAACCUGUGUCUAAAUGCAAACCAAUCUUAUGUUCUUAUGACUGUUGAUACUUCUUAACCCAGAUAUUUGUACAAGAAAGCUGAAAAGUCAAAGGCUGUAAUAUCUUUAAAAUCAAAAAACAGGUUUAUAACAUAGACUUUAAAUGUCUGGAAUUGACUUCUUGAUAAAAAUAUGCUAACUAAUAUCUAUGUAACUUGCCAGUAAGCCCUUGAAUCACACAACUUUAAAGGCUUUUGGUAAAUAUUUUGCUUCAAUAAAUGGUAACCUAUCUGUUCACUACCCCUCCAAUGUGUAGCACAAAAGCUUUUUUCCUAACACAACAGCUAAAAACUCUUGUUAAGUAAAAUGCUCCAAAAAUACACAGGUAAAUUUGUAGUGUAACUUCCAUUCUACCUGUAGAUUAUAAAGUUCACCUGCCGUGGGUAACGUAAAUCUAAUGAUUUCUUACUUUUAUUCUGCACUAAUAUGAAGUGCACGGCCCUACUACAUUUACAAGGAGAGAUGUUAAAUUAUACUAACUAAUGAAACUACUGUUUUGGAACUAAAAACUCACACAAAAGCUAUGGAAAAACAGCAGCAGCCAAAUGAUUUUAAAAGAGACCCACGAGACUCAACAUAGCAAGGCCAUGUAAGAAACACAGCACAUGCUGAGCUGAGGUGCCGCUCAGGUCCACAAAGCAGGGCCUGAACCCACAGGGGUUUUGCCAUGUAAUGUAGAUGUGGUUCCAGCUCUUACAACUCUGGUCAAAUUCUCUCCACUAGCAGCGACACAAAGUUUCAAUAUAGGACAAAAAUUACAGACUUAUUAGGGCGAGGACUAGAAAAGUUAAGCAUAUGUGAGACUGUUUUUAGUGUCACUAGAAAAAACUUCUAGUGAAAUACUUAGUAAUACAUUUUUUAGCUGCAGUGAUUAAGAAAUUGUGCUCCUAGAAGCCAGGAAAACACGUUUGAUUUCAAACUUAAUUUUGGACUUGAAGAAUGAUUUUUUUUUUUGGAGACACUGUCUUUCUCUGUAGUUCAGGCUGGCCUUGA